AUGCUCCCAGAAGCUGCCGCGCUUUCCGCCACGACGCCCGCGGCUGGCCGUUUCUCGGAUGGCCUGACAAUUCCAUUCAAGCGCACCCCACAAAGCUCCACGGAGGCCUCGCAUUGGAAGGCGUUCUGGAGCUCCCAAAAGGGGGGUCUUUCCCCCGCCGAGCCGUGGGCAGCGGGGCCUGGGCAUUCAAAUCGUCUGUUAAGUGAAACGUUGCCUUUGUUUGGCUACAAAUUAGCCACCCCAACGGAGACACUCCGCGUUCGAAUUAAAAACGUUAAAAAAAACCUUCUUGAUCUCCGCCCACUGCUCGCCGAGCAGGAGGAGUGCCUUCAGCAGCAGCAGCAGGAGCUUCGCACUUUGCGAGGGAUGCUGCCUUCCGCUCGGAUGGAGGCCUUUCACCUCCGUUGCCUUCAACUUCAGCUUCAACGGGUGUGGUUUGAACAGGUGGUUGUGCAGGGCGUCGUGCGAGAGGCGCUCGCCACCGCGCGGGGUCUUUCAUCCUCGGAAGGGGCUCCGCCGCCAGGGCCCUCCGAAGCCACGUCGUCGGAUGUUUCCACCGAAAUUCGUCUGAGGCUGAGCGCGUUUAAAAGGUUUGUGGAGUUAGAGAUGGCGUGCGUGCUUUCGCCGCGGUGGGUGGUUUGUCAAUCGGCCUCGUCCUGGUAUUCGAGAAAAGUGCAGGAGGCUUUGUGUGCGUGUUGGGAGGUGGCAAAAGCGAAGGUGCCCGUUGACGAGGAGUAUUAUGAUUACGUGGAUGUUAUCGGAAGGUGGGGCCGACAAUGGCCCUCUAAAGAGGGGGUUAUGAAAAAUCGUAGCGUGUGGUCCGAGGCCCGGCUUCAUAGGGAUGAAGAAAAGGUAUGUUCUCCCAAUGGCGUCUUUUCGGCCCUCCGGCGGACGAUUGAGGAUACUCUGCAGGGGGAGUCUUGUCGUCGGGGCAGUGACGUUCAUCCAGUAGGUUGUAUCGAGGAUAGCAGUGGGGGGAGGGGACGGUAA